CCCCAGGACAAGCGCCAUGUCCUGGCUGUGGUUCCCAGCCCGGCCGCUCGAUGCCACCCAGGAGGGAAGGAGGGCCUCAACGCCUCACCUGGGGGAGCACACACACCCCCAGGUCUUUAUUGCAGUGGCUGGCUGAAGACUGGCCCCAUCGGGGUCAUUGCCAUCACCAUAAACAACAGCUUCGACACAGCACACAGCGUCGUGGAGGACGUCACCUCACCUCUGGCUGCCUGGACGUGACCUCUGCCAAGCCUGGAUCCACGGGGAUCCCCCUGCUGGACAAGAGAGGCGUGAAGCCGGUGUCCUUCUCGGACUGGGAGAAGAUCAACCAGGAGGGGAGGAGGGGCGCGGCCCAGGGGAAACCCCGAGAGAAGCUUCUGGACGUAGAGGAGAUGCUGAAGACCGCCCGGACCUGAACCCCAAAGUUACCUUCUAUUUCUGAAGACUCUUUCAUAACGUGGAGAACCAUCGCAAUGGAGAAAUUAACACAGUUUACCACAAGAAUAAGAUGGAAUGAAACCAUGGACUGUGUUGUAAUGCAGACCAAAAUAAGACGCAGUCAAUACAAAAAAAACAAUUUAUUAUAUUAACAUGUCGUCCAGCGGUAGCUCCAGAUGUGUGCGUCUGUGGGGCUCAGUAGAUGCCGUAGGUGUGCUCCUUGCCCUCACGGUAGCGGUCCAGGUAGCGGAGCGGCUGCCUGUGGGGGAACUUGACCCGCGGCGGGUGGUACACGGGGGGCCGCACGAACUCAAACACCGGCUCCUUCAUGUCUGCAGGAAGAAGAACACCAGUGGACAGUUUAAUGUUAAUGGAUAUAUCCUCCCAACCUCACAAUUGUACUUGUCGAUUCUUUGUUUAAAUGAUAAAAUCCAAUUUUAAUUUAAUGUUUUUCAUGUUUAACAGGAU